AUGAGCAUCGCAAGAGGAACAACAUACAGGCAGCAGCGCCCUGCCCUGCUGGAAACCCCUCACAGGCAGCAGCGCCCUGCCCUGCUGGAAACCCCUCACAGGCAGCAGCGCCCUGCCCUGCUGGAGACCCCUCACAGGCAGCAGCGCCCUGCCCUGCUGGAAACCCCUCACAGGCAGCAGCGCCCUGCCCUGCUGGAAACCCCUCACAGGCAGCAGCGCCCUGCCCUGCUGGAGACCCCUCACAGGCAGCAGCGCCCUGCCCUGCUGAAAACCCCUUACAGGCAGCAGCGCCCUGCCCUGCUGGAAACCCCCUACAGGCAGCAGCGCCCUGCCCUGCUGGAGACCCCUUACAGGCUCCAAAAUCAUCCAAGGCCAAGUCAUGUAAAUCGACAUCAGGCUGCCAAUGGACAAUAUCAGCCCCCCUAUGGACAGAAUCACGCCUCCCACAGACAGUGGCAGGCCCCGAAUCAACCAUAUCGGGCUGCUAAUGGACGAUACCAAGCCACCCAUGGACAACUACCACAGCCGCAGGCCCAGAAUCAACCAUAUCAGGCCCAGAAUCAACAGUGGCAGACCACUAAUGGACAGCAAAGGCCCACCAAUGCUCAACAGGAGGCCUGUAUUGUUCCGCAGCAGGCCCCCAACCUACAGACCCCCACUGAUCAGCAGGCCUCUCAUGGCCAACAGCAGGCCCCCAAUGUACAGGCCUCCACUGAUCAGCAGGCCUCCCAUGGCCAACAGCAGGCCCCCACUGAUCAGCAGGCCUCCCACGGCCAACAGCAGGCCCCCACUGAUCAGCAGGCCUACCACGGCCAACAGCAGGCCCGCACUGAUCAGCAGGCUUCCCAUGGCCAACAGGAGGCCCGCACUGAUCAGCAGGCUUCCCAUGGCCAACAGGAGGCCCGCACUGAUCAGCAGGCUUCCCAUGGCCAACAGCAGGCCCCCACUGAUCAGCAGGCCUACCACGGCCAACGGCAGGCCCUCCCUGAUCAUUGGCAGGCUCCUGAUGGUGAAAUGUAUUUCAAUAUACCACUAUGGCUGGAGGAGAACAAAGACCUACAGCGUCGUCUGAAGAACAUGGAAGAGCUUCUUGAAGUGGAGAGGGAAAUCUCAGCAUGUUUAGAAGAAGAGGUGGAAAAAAUGACACCUUUCCUUAAUGCAGCUCAGGAGAUAUCAAUUUAUGAGCACAAGACCAAGGAAGAGCUCCUGGUGCUUGUUGCAGCUUUGAGCAGCCAGCUGAAAAGUGAAACCCGUCACAAAGAAGUCCUGGAAAAAGAGUUAGAGGGCGCCAAGCAUCAGCUCGCGCGACCCAUUUUUCAGAGACUGACUGAAGAAAAAGAGGCUCCUCAACAGGAGAUCCAGAUCCUUAAGAAGGAGGCAGAGAGCAGUGAGAAAGGUACAGAGAAGCUGGAGAGGUUAGAGUUACAGCUGGAGAAGACCAACAGCAUCCCCCAGCUUAACUCCCAACUGAUCAUUCAGGUAAAGGCUAAUGAGACACUACAGAGGGAAGUGGAUGGAUUCAAGCAAGAAGAGCUCUAUGAGUGUAUGACAAAGGAAAAGGACAGCAAGGGAGACACUCCUGUGGAUGUCACACCACCUGAAGACAACCCAAACGCACCAGAGGAGAUCCAGGAGUCCACUGAGGAGAUCCAAGGAGCCCCUGUGGACUUUCAGGAGGCCACUGAGGAGAUCGAAGAAGACUCUGAGGAUAGUCUGCCGCUCUAUGAAGAGAUCCAGAUAAUGCUUAGAGCGUACCAUGAGGAGCAGAUCAGGAUCAAACGUGAGAUGGAGAGUGUCUCAGCAUGGCGCAGGUUUAAGAAGUUGAUGACUCCAAGGCACAGGCGCCUGUACAAACACCAGCAACAGGGGCAGAAUCAGGUGUGA